UUCUCAUCAGCUCUGCCUCUAAACUGUGAGAACACCCCGCUCUUUUCUCCGUGCCGUGCCAUAGGAUGUCCCGCAGCCCUGAGGUGAAGGAGGACCCCAUGGAGUGCCCACUGUGCUUGGAACCAUUGGAAAUUGACGACGUCAACUUCUUCCCUUGCACCUGCGGCUAUCAGAUCUGCCGCUUCUGCUGGCAUCGCAUACGCACAGAUGAGAACGGCCUCUGCCCAGCCUGCAGAAAGCCCUAUCCAGAAGACCCUGCGGUCUACAAACCUCUCUCUCAAGAGGAACUUCAGAGGAUAAAGAAUGAGAAGAAGCAGAAGCAGAAUGAGCGGAAGCAGAAGAUCACAGAGAACCGCAAGCACCUCUCCAGUGUGCGAGUCGUCCAGAGAAACCUGGUGUUUGUGGUGGGCCUUUCACAACGACUCGCUGAUCCCGAGGUCUUAAAAAGGCCGGAGUACUUCGGGAAAUUUGGGAAGAUCCAUAAGGUGGUCAUCAAUAACAGCACUUCAUAUGCUGGCUCGCAGGGUCCUAGCGCCAGUGCUUACGUCACUUACAUUCGAUCAGAAGAUGCCCUCAGAGCCAUACAGUGUGUUAACAAUGUUGUAGUAGAUGGAAGAACACUUAAGGCUUCUUUAGGUACAACAAAAUACUGCAGUUAUUUUCUAAAAAGCAUGCAGUGCCCCAAACCAGACUGUAUGUAUCUUCACGAGCUGGGAGACGAAGCUGCUAGUUUCACAAAAGAAGAAAUGCAGGCAGGGAAACAUCAGGAAUAUGAACAGAAACUCUUACAGGACCUCUACAAAACAAACCCCAACUUCCUGCAGAGCUCGACGGGGGAGAAGACAAAGGGCAAAUCAGGCACAUCACAGAGUUCCAACAGUAACAACAAAGAUGCUUGGCCUUCGAUACAAACCACAGGAAAGAUGCCCAAUGGACUUCCAGAACACCAUGAGACCCCGUCCCUAGAUGGCAGCUCCGACUCUGAAAACAUGACUUCAGACGGUCCGGACACAGAGCUCGGCCUUGGCUCCAUCACUGGCCUGCCCCCCUUCACAUCAAACUGUGACUCUGGCAGCCCAAAUAACAAGCCUUCAGAUUGCAUCGGUAUAAGUAAUGGCGAAACAUCACAGCAAAUUUCUGGCAAUGACUCUCCAUCGCCGCCUCCAGGCCUGUCCAAGCCAUCUCUAGUGGUGCCUGUCUGUGUAGCAGGGCUGACAGAACGGUCACCUUUUGAGGGAGCAGCAGCCGAGUCACAAUCGCUCUUUUCAGACAACAGCAACUUCCGACACCCCAAUCCCAUCCCCAGUGGCCUGUCCGGCUUUUCCAGUUCCCUUCACAGCAACUCCGAUUGGCCCACUGCCCCAGAACCACAGAGUCUCUUCACGUCAGAUACCAUACCAGUGUCGUCCUCUACGGACUGGCAAGCGGCCUUCGGUUUCGGUUCUUCGGCCAAGCAACAGGAUGACGACCUCGGCUUUGACCCAUUUGACGUCACCCGUAAGGCACUGGCUGACCUAAUAGAAAAAGAGCUCUCAGUGCAAGACAAAGCCUCCUUACCCAUGACCGGCACAAAAUCAGUGCCAGUCUUCCCCCACGGGCCUUUACUCAGCCCACUCCACAACGCCCCUUCAAUGAAAGGCCCACUUCAGCCCCCCACGUCCUCAAACUUCGCCCCAAUCUCCAGCUUGCCCUCACGGGGCUUCUCCCAUCACCCACACCGCACUGUCUACAACUCCUUCAGCUUUCCCGGGCAGACACAGACCUCUCGCCACAGUUGGAUGGGCAUGCACAUGCGCAAUAACCUCCCGCACUUGAAUCACACUGGAGCCCCUUCUUCUGCUGCACAGCACAGCAGCUUUUUGGACUUGAACUUGGCACCACAACAGCAACUUCAUCACAAAACGGGGUUCGGAGGUAUUCAUAUGACAGAAAACGGCACCUCAGUAGAAAGUCUAAAUGUGAAGGAGUGGCAAGAUGGGCUCAGAGCACUUUUACCCAACAUCAACAUCAACUUUGGUGGACUGCCCAACUCCUCCUCAUCUUCAUCUUCAUCCUCCUCCUCCUCAUCCAACCACACAGGCGGCAUCUCACACAGCCUUAGCUGGGACGGCACAGCCAGCUUGAUGGACCCUGCCAUCAUCACCGGUAUCCCAGCAUCCUCAGGCAACAGUCUGGACUCUCUGCAAGAUGACAAUCCUCCACACUGGCUCAAAUCCUUGCAGGCGCUCACAGAGAUGGAUGUCCCUACUGGCUCCACAGUGCCCCCUCAGCCCCCACACAGAGGCCCCUUCGGAGCCCAGUUCCCCCACAGAGCCGGCUGGACCCCUUAUCCAACCACGGCUAACCCCGCCACCCAGUUCCACUCACCUCCCCCAGGCUUCCAGACUGCCUUCAGAGCCUCAGCCCAGGCCUCCACAGAUCUGCUACAGAGUGCCGGCAUGGACCGCCAUUAGGAACUGUGAAAUCCUAUUCCCCUUAUUCGAAGAACAGGCGACAAACAUGGCAGACAAAUCAGUACAAAGCUAUUAACAAAAUAACAAGAUUAUGUAUUAUUUUCUCUCUU